GUUUAUGUCUGUUUUUUAGUGCUAGGAUAGCCCAAGAAGGUGUCCAGAACUUAUGACGGUUCUCCAUCUAGUUGUUUCCUUCCAGCAGCAUAGAGGUUAAUCUACCGAGGGUGCAGUGUCAAGGUUAGAGCUGGCAGCUGGGUUCGCCCCCACCGCACUGACCCUAAUGGGAGCCUAUUGGUGGGAGCGCACAAUGGGGAGGACCCAGGUGGCUGACAGACACAGCCCAGUAUAGGAAACAACUUUAUACACACAUACAUGUCCUAACCCUAUGUCAGAUACCAGCACAGGCUUACCCAGCAGUAACUGAUGUAGUGUCACCCGCAGGCGCUCAUACCUGGGCACCACAAUAUACGUAUAUAUAUUUAGAGAGAAGAGAUCUAUAUAUUGCAUUGUGUAGUAUCCAUACAGUCUUGGCGUUAAGAAAUGGCUUUACUAGGUGUUUCCUACCAACCAUCUUUUAAGAAAAUGGUUCUGGUGACCGCAACAUCAUUACAACUAGCGAUAGGGCGAAGGAUCCAUGUAAACCCAUAUCAGCUGCUGCCACGUACUGGUAGGAAUAGAAUAUCACCAUUGACUGGCUGCACGUCUGGAUUUAAUGUAUAUCGACGCCAGGUGCUAGUUUAUAGCACUAAGAGCAGCGCUCUGUCCCUUGUUGAUGUGGCUGAAAAAAUAAAGAAGGGCUCCUACCGCCAUAUAUUAGUCAUGGCUGGGGCUGGCAUUAGCACAGACAGUGGGAUACCAGAUUUCAGGUCACCUACUAAUGGACUGUACAGUAAACUGCAGGAAUAUUCCCUCCCCUAUCCGGAAGCUAUAUUUGAUCUAAGCUACUUUUUACAUGACCCCAAACCCUUUUUACGCCUUUCCCAAGAGCUGCUACCUGGGCGCCAUCAUCCCAAUUCAGCACAUUAUUUCCUGCGCCUUCUUCACGACAAAGGAUUAUUGCUUCGUCUCUACACGCAGAACAUUGAUGGACUGGAGAGAGCUGCAGGGAUUCCCGCUGAGAAGUUGGUAGAAGCUCAUGGUACAUUUGCUUCAUCCACCUGCACCAUGUGCCUUAAAGAGUACCCUGGAGAAAACUUCUGUGACGCUGUAAUGAAGUCUGACAUUCCUCGCUGCUCAUCUUGUGGUGGUCUCAUAAAACCAGACAUUGUAUUUUUUGGAGAGCAACUACCUGCGCGGUUUUUCCUCCACCUAACUGAUUUUCCCAGGGCGGAUCUCCUGUUUGUCAUGGGCACAUCACUUGAGGUGGAACCCUUUGCCAGUUUAGUGUAUGCAGUUAGGAGCUCUACACCCCGAGUCCUUAUCAAUCGAGACCCCGUGGGACCUUUUCUUGACAGAUCAGAUGGGCUCAAUGUGUUGGAGCUAGGAGACGUCACUAGAGGGGUGAAGCACCUUGUACAACUAUUGGGAUGGGAUGGUGAAUUGGAGGAGCUAGAAAAAAAUUAAGAACCCUGACAAUGCCAAUAAAGACCUUCAUCUAUGAGCAGACACCAUGACACCUGUUAUAUAGUGUUUAUUAGAUACAUCAAAUAUAUAUACAGACAAGGGAAGUCGUUUAAGCUGCAGACAUUGGCCCUCAUUUACUAUUCUAAACCCGACUUCUUUUGUCGGGUUUUUUUGUCGCAUCUUUGUCCGCGCCAUGUCGCAGACAUCAUGCGCCAGUCUGCGACACGAUGCGACAUUUUUUCCCGACGGACCCGAUGUGGAUUCUACCAAACCCGAAAAAGGGGCGUAGCCCGACAUUUCUGAGCUUUCCCACGUAUUUAUAAAGGUUUCCGAAUUUGUUGAAUUGUUGUGGAUUUUUCCCGACAGCUCAGAGGAGUUGGAAACCAAAACCAACAAAACCCACGUGCGACAAACAAGAUGCGACAUAAUAAUAAAUACCAGGGGAAAAAAGCAAUCGGGUAAGAAAGCAACAUAGACUUACAACCCGAUUUUCUAAGUAAAUGAGGGCCAUUGUUGUGAGAUGGAGAGAUGUAGUUGAAUCCAUUAUGUUAAUACAACGAUAUAGAAGAUCAAACAGGGGCCAAGCUAUAGGGAUGCACAAUAGAAACCUGGUGUCUGAGGGGGUCCAAUGGCUCCUCUGCCAGAUAAGAAGACUCCCAGGUAAAGGGCCCAGAAUUUUCAAUUCGAGUUAAGCCUCUGUGCACUUACCUUCAUACUGUGACUUACUGGUGAGUUCUGCAACUUUUACCUCAAAUACAUAUCAUUUAAAUGUAAAAUGCACAAAUGCACUUUUUACAAUAAACUUGUGAAUUUUGUAGUGUUUUAUUGUCAAUGAUAUUAUCAUAUGGACUGGUCCGUCGUGCUAUCAAUUCUACCCAAAGAAGGAAUUGACUAGUUGGU